GAAUUCAAGCAAAUAUGCGAUAAAAAAAAGAAACGCACAGAAUACGAGCGACUUAAUUAGCCAACAACGCAGGACGAACACGGAGUGCAACCCAAGGAUAGGCGAGCAGACACCUGGAGAGAAUUCGCGAGAGAGAGAGAGUUCUCCACGUCAACGCUUCUGGCCGGGAACACUUAUCUACGCACCCAGACACGGGAAUCACGUUACGGAACGGAAGGGAAGGGACACGCACACACUCCUCCAUACACGAUACACGAUGUAUUGCCUGCAAUGCCUGCUGCCGGUGCUCCUCAUACCAAAGCCCACAAAUCCAGCGCUGAUGGAGACGCACGUGAUGUUCAUAGUGCUCUAUCUGGUGGGAUUCUUUCUGGAGCGAAAGCCCUGUACCAUCUGCAGCGUGGUGUUUCUCACCGCCGUCUCCCUGAUCUGCUACAGCGGCGUGGGCAACUGCAUCUUCUGGGGCAACUGUGAGGGGCAUCAGUGUGAGAAUGGCUAG